UUUUUUCUGGUUCUCACUUAUAAUAUUUCUCGUUAAAAAAAAUAAAAUAAAUAAAAAUCCCUAGUUUGAGGCUUGAAAUUCCACGACUUUAAGGCGGGAAAAUCAGCGUUGCCCCAAAACAAAAAAGGAGGGCUCAUUUCCUCCACCACAGUAUUCCUUCCACUGCGCGCGACUCUGCCAGAAAGAAAGCCUCUCUUCUCUUCGUCCUACUCGUUGGAAAUGGAUAGAAUACACGUGGCGGUUCGUGCUCGGCCACUCUCACCGGAAGACGCCAAGACCAGCCCUUGGCGUAUCUCAGCCAACUCCAUUUUCAUCCCCAGCCACUCCUCCAAGUUCGAAUUCGAUCGCAUUUUCGGUGAGGAUUGCAAGACAAUCGAUGUUUAUCAAGCUCGCACUAAAGAAAUAGUCGCCGCUGCAGUUCGUGGUUUUAACGGCACUGUUUUUGCUUAUGGGCAAACCAACAGCGGCAAAACUUACACUAUGAGAGGGUCAGCUAUGGAGCCCGGAGUAAUUCCUCUCGCCGUGAGCGAUAUGUUCAACGCAAUUCAUGAGAACUCGGAUCGGGAAUUCCUUCUCCGAAUGUCAUACAUGGAAAUUUAUAACGAGGAAAUAAACGAUUUAUUGGCUCCUGAGCAUCGAAAACUUCAGAUUCAUGAAAAUCUAGAGCGGGGAAUCUAUGUUGCUGGGUUACGAGAAGAAAUUGUUGCCACUCCUGAGCAAGUCCUUGAUCUCAUGGAGUUUGGAGAAUCUCAUCGGCAUAUUGGAGAGACAAACAUGAACCUUCAUAGUAGUAGGUCCCACACUAUUUUCCGAAUGAUAAUUGAGAGCCGGGAUAAAACUGAAGAUGAAGAUGCCAAUGCUUGUGAUGCUGUUCGUGUUUCAGUUUUGAAUUUAGUGGACCUUGCUGGUUCAGAACGUGCUGCAAAAACUGGUGCAGAAGGUGUUCGAUUGAAAGAGGGUUCCCACAUUAAUAAAAGUUUGAUGACAUUAGGAACGGUAAUUAAAAAAUUAAGUGAAGGUGCUGAGAGUCAAGGGAGUCAUGUUCCAUAUCGAGAUAGCAAACUGACACGUAUUUUGCAACCAGCUCUCGGUGGAAAUGCAAAUACAGCUAUGAUAUGUAAUAUCACGCUUGCACAGAUUCAUGCAGAUGAGACCAAAAGCAGUCUUCAAUUUGCAAGCAGAGCACUACGAGUCACAAACUGUGCUCAUGUCAAUGAGAUUUUAACAGAUGCUGCUUUGUUAAAGCGUCAAAAGAAAGAAAUUGAGGAGCUUCGAUCCAAGUUGCAGGGAUCACAUUCAGAGCAUUUGGAAGAGGAAAUCCUCAAUUUGCGGAAUACAUUGUUACAGACUGAGCUGGAGAGAGAGAGAAUAGCUUUGGAGUUGGAGGAGGAAAAGAAAGCCCAAGCUGAAUGGGAGAGGAUGGUGCAACAGCAAGCAAAGCAAAUUGAAAACCUAAGCUCUAUGGUUUUGUAUUCAAAUAGGGAAGAAAAUCGUGAUCGUCCUAAAAAGGAGAAAAGAAGGGAUACAUGGUGUGCAGGUAACCUCUCAAGGGAAACUCUUGUAGAGGUAUAUUCUACCAUCCAGUCAAAGGCUUCUGCUAUGAAACCCAUGAAACGUAAACGUGAUAUGGGACCACUUCUACCUUUCGAAGAACUGGUGAAUGGAGCAGACAAUGCUGAAGAAGAAUCCCGCAAACAAGAUGAAUAUUUUAAAACUAACACGUCUGAGGACUGCAAUCUUCCGGAUCCAUGUGCUUUAUUGCAUAUAACAAACAGAAGAAAAGUGCCUCUCAGGAAAAAAGGCUUACCCAUGGACAAUGAAUUAGCAGAAAUGCAAGCAGAAUAUGAAGAUUUGCUAAUAAGAUUUGAGAGUCAGAGAACUGAAAGCGAAAUACAAAUUGAUUAUUUGACAAGAAAGCUUGCCGAGGCUCAUUCUGCUAAUUAUCUAACUAAAGGUACAACAAGGGAGUCAGAGGCUAUUCUUGUGAUCAAGAGGCUUCAAGAACAGAUUAAGAUGUUGGAAAUGGAGAAGUCUUCCAGCCAGCAAAAUCUGGAUAGUAUUGUUGAUCUGGCAAUGGAGCAGAACAUUUGUGCCAGAGAGAAAUUUGAAGAGCUCUAUGAAGAGCUUGUGAAUGCACGUGAGGAAGCCAGGGUUGCUCAUGAACAACUUGCUUCAAAUGAAUCUGAGGGGUGUUUAGAUUCUGAGCACAAGCUAUUUAAGGAAGUGCAAGAAAUAGUAAUGGAAGUCCAAAACUCAAAAGUAGUUAUUGACAGUAUCUCCUCACUCAUGGAAGAUGUCUCGAGGACUUUUUCUGGUCAAAUUGAAACAUUCCUUGAUUUCAAGACUUUGAUGUGCCAGUAUUCUCUCCAAGUAAAAUCAAUUAUAAGGGAUCAGGACAAGUUAAACUCUUGCAUUAUACAGAAAGUUUCUGAACUUGAAAAUCAGAAGCGUCUUUUAUACAAUCAAUCAGUUGAACUUCAGAACCAGAUAGAAGAGCUAAAACUAGAUGCUCAAAAUUCAGCACAGUCUUUGAGAGAAGUUAUGGAACAACGAGAUUCAGAAAGGGGAGAAUAUCUUUCCCAUAUUCAAGUUCUUGAAAAGGAAAUAUCACGCUUAUCAUCCUGUUCCUUGGCCAGGGAAAAAGAAACUUUGAGAAAGGAUCUUGAGAAAACAAAAACAAAGUUAAAAGAGACUGAGUUCAAGCUUAAGAAUGCCAUGCAGGAGAAAACUAAAAUUGAGGGUGAGAAGGCAUUUGCGGAACGAGAAAUAAAACGUUUGCAUGGUCAGAACUCUCUUCUUGAACGUGAUAUUAACAAACGUGAGUCACUUGCUGGUAAAAGGCGUGACUCCAUUUCAGAUAAGGGUUCAAAGAUUUUUGAUCCAAAAAAGGCUAAAGGUCUUGCCGCACCCUUUGAACAGACACUGCAGGAGGAAUACAAGAAGAUGGAAGUGUAUGCUUUUGAAAUGGAAACAAGAAUUGUUUCUCUAGAAGAGGAAUUAUCAGCUGCAGUCAGGGAAAAAGAAGAAACUUUGUCUAAAAAUGAUGAUCUGACUUCUGUAUUAGAAGAUUUAUCUGAAAAGUUGAAUAUAUCAAACUUGGAAUUGAAGACGUCGCAGGAAGAGGUUGCAGCCCUUAGCCAAGGGCUGGAAGAAUCUAAACUUGAGCAGCAAAGGAUGGAAAGCACCAUAAAAAUGUUGGUGGAAGAAAAGGAGGAGUUAGCGAUGCGGCUUACAGAUUCUCUUUUAGAAAUGGAGGAGGAAAGGGCAGUAUGGUCAGCUAAGGAGAAGGCUUCUGUUGAAGCCAUAGAAGAGAAAUCAAAGUUACACGAUACAGAGAUUUUAUCAUUGUCAAAAGAAUUGACUGAGGUGAGGAAUGAAUUGGAAUCUUUUCGACAAGAAUGCAAAGUUCUAAAGGAAAAAUUAACUUGCUCUCGAGAAGAAGCAGAACGGGAUAAGAUAUGCAGGUAUGUCUCUUUUAGCAUUGACAAGACUUUGGGAGUUGAUAAAAUGAAAAAUAAACUAAAAAUAGAUGAACUUGGGAAUAAUCAAUCUCAAGAGACAUUAAACUCAAAUAUGGAGAUGCUUGUUUCUGAUCAUCAUCACGCUUGCAAGGAAGUGGAUAUGCUUCAAAAGGAUUUGCCAUAUCUGAAAAACGAAAAAGAAGAUUUGUCAAUUCAAAUUAGGGAUUUGGAUAUGAGAUCCAAACUUUCAAAUGAUUUGCAGGAUCUUAAAAACCAACUUCUCACAAUGGCAGAGGAAAGAGAUAAACUAAUUACCCAGGUACACAAACAGCAGAGCCAUGCAGCUGAAGUGGAAUUUCUUAAAACUCAAGCGGAGGAAUUGAAUAGGAAAAUUUCCAGCAUGGAAGUCAAGAUGCAUAAAGAUCAAGUUGACAAUGGAAAAGAAAUGGCAAAGCUUAGAAUGAGGCUCAAAUGGACACACGCGAGGGAAGUUACCUUUAAGAAUAGAUACAUGGAAGUUAUGAAUGAGUCUGAUCAUAUGAACAAGAAGUAUGAGGAGGCAGCAGCAAAGCUGAAGGAGCGUUUGGUUUCGAAAGGAACUGAGGUUCUUAAUCUCAAGAAGCAACUUUCUACCAAGGGGCAAUAAUCCUUUUAGCAUAGUCAAUUGAUCCUUUUAGGAUAGUCGGUUUUUGGGUUAAACGUAGUGGUAACGUUUUUGCUUUAUAUUUUGGGUGGUGGGGUGCAAAAUCUAAGUUUUACUUUCAGGCCAUUAAGACAAAUGUCUCCCUUAGACUUUUCGGGCCGACGUGGAACAUUUACUUUCUGGCCAGGAUAAGUACGAGCUUGGAACCCCAACCCCCCCCCAAAAGAAGUACGAGCUUCAAAUUGUUGAAAUCAAUUCAUUUCCAAUUUAUUUUCAGCUCUCAUUAAGGUUACUUGACAAAUUGAAAAUUUGUUAACGCAGACUUUCAAAACAUGCUAGUAGUUGAGCCAAAA